AUGCGCUUUCCGCCGGGUAAGAUACCACAUCUUAUAAUAGAAGUUACGAGUCCAUCGAACCCGCUCAACGAUAUCUGCUCAAAAGCAGUUGAGUAUGCCAAGAUGAAAGUACCGCAGUGCGUCAUUGUGGAUCGCAAAAAUCGCUGCGUCACUGUUCACUCGCUCGAUUGUCCAGGGAGCGAUUCUGCUGGCUCUUCCAGGCGAAGAUCUGCACGCCUUUCCAAAUCCCUUCCGCCGUCGGACUAUCCCCAGUACUCCGAAACUCAAAAGUUUUAUGGUGCUACAGUUGUUCGCGCUAAUGUGUUAGAGGAGCUCGCCCUCACUGCGGAAAACUUGUUAAAGCCGAAGCACACUCCAACCGAGAUAAUUUUAUCAGCUGUGCGCAAAUUCCAGCUCGAGAGGGAUAAUGCCGGGAAUGAAGAGAGAGAUUCAAAGCGCGAAAGGGAUGAUGCCAGGAAUGAAGAGAAAGAGGUAAAGAACAAGAAUAUGCAACUUAUUGCCUUGAUGAAGAAAAGAGGAAUAGAGGUUCCGGCAGAGCUCGAGCGCAGCACUGAUGACUCUUCCGGUAGCAGUGGAUCUUCUACAGCUUCGCCCGAACGUCAGAGGUGCAUCAUACAAUACAUCAAAACCACAAUAAAGAAAACUAUACCAUCACAAAAUGUCCUUCGCCAUCAGGGUAAAACAAGCGAAUGGCUCCAGCCUAAAAAUUUCAUUGUGCAACCACUUUCAGAUGUGAUGGUAUGCUCACCUCGUCUGGAAGGAGUUCCGAAAUAUAUUUGGGGGCUGCGCUGAUGCCGGGGCAAGGGUUUGCCGUGCCGAGGAAGACGGGUGAGCGCAUUGGAGGAGGCGGCGCUUGAGCUGUAUGCAGCCGAGCAUGCUUCGAUUGGGAGCCAUUGCCGGAGUACGGCGGCGCCAAGGGGUGCAAACCGCGUCGUCGCUGUCACUGACGUCCAUGCGAUGUUGCUUGGCGCGUAAGAAGGGACGUCUCCUUCCGUCUCCCACCAAACAGCAACCCGCACCCGGGGACCUCUCCCGUUCAUGACUGACAGAAGUGUGCACCGCAGCACUUCCCCCCACGUCUCCCGCCACUUACAACCGCAACCCGCAUCUCGUAGCCGCGAGUGCAGCUGCUGUACAACUGGACAAGGCCCACUUUGAUUGAUCAGAGUAUUAGUGAGGAUCCAAGAAUGUCCUUGCACGUGCACACAAGGAUAAAUACUGUAAGUGUGUUUGCUCCUGCCCGGGCACAGAAAGGUGAAGGUGCAGGAGAAGUAUCAAUAUGCCAGGCCUUCGUUCAUCGGGAUUAGAGAGCAAAGAAACGCAAUGAGGCACGCACUAUUUCGAACAGAAGCCUCGAAUGCACAUACAUGGCAAACGAUUGACGCGAAUCAAUAGCAAGCUUGCUUCCCUCUUUAGUCUACAUACAUGCGAUUGACGACAAUCAGUGUCGAGCAUGCCUUCUAGCGUAUACAGAACAAAGAGGCAAGUAGCAAUGGAGUGCGACGCAGCUCUCUCUGAGAAUUCAAACACACCACUCGCGAAGCGCGCGGUGCGCAAGACGUUCGAUGAAAUGUCGGGCAUCGUCACACCAGAGAAGGCCCCUUUCUAAAGAAAAACUCUCCCGCAGGCCUUCACGGUCAAGCGUAUGAGCGUAUUGCGGAGCAGAGGAUGUGGGCGGAGGGUGCAGGGCGGAGUGAUGUGAGAUGGGAACGUUGUAACGGAGACGAUUGCCAGCGGGGAAGGGGGAUGGUCCGAGGGAGUGCGCGGUUGACGGUUGGGGGGUGGCUUGUCGUGGCCAUUGAACAAUGGCAACUGUGAUGCGCGAUUGGAGGGGGGGGCGGCUAGGGGAAUUGUGGUCAAUCAUUGCAUGUUGGGCGGGCAGUACAGCCAAUCAAAGUGCGGCUGUGUCGUCACCACAUUACAGAGAUUUUUUGUGGUCCCUUCCGGGACCUUUUUCACGUUCCACAACACAUCUUCUAUUCUUCUACCGCACCUUCAAGUGUAGCUUCCAUCUUGUUCCGCUUACCGCAACACAAUUGCAAUACGACACAUACUUUCGAGGCUUCCGAAGCUUCUUUAUGUAAAGUCAGCCAUUUGAUCUCUU